AUGGAGGGGGACAGCGCGGGGAAUGGCGAGCGCGCGGAAACAAGCGGGGCACAAGCGGAAGCCGUGCAGGGGGGACUGGAGGAGCCGAUAGAGGCGGCAGGGGCAGGCGAGGGGGAACGGGGGAGCGGCGCGAUGGAGGACGAUGGGGGUGUGGGGGAGCGCGAUGGCGCGGCCGCGGCUGAGGCGCGGAAUAACGAAAGGGAAGCGCCCGGGCGGCGCAGCAAGGAAGGCACCAGCGGGCGGCGCACAGGCGGGCGAGACGCGAGUGAGCGAGGAGGGGCCGAGAAAUUGGCGGGAGAGGGAUUGAAGGCGAGGGGUGAGGGGCGGCGCAGGAGCGAGGGGGCUGCGAAUUUGAACGGGGAGCCAGCGGAGGGCGCCAAAGGGAGGGGCGCGGGACCGCGCAAAGGCGAGCGCGCGGUGAGGGGGAGUGCAGGGAAUGCCACGUCGUCCCCCCGCUCGAAUGGCAGCAGCGGGGCGGCGAGGGCAAGCGCGCGGACCCCUGGCAUCAGCAUGGCGUCUCCGCGCAACGCUGCUUCUUCCGCCACUGCUGCCGCGCGGGCAGACGGCCCAGGGGCGGCAGCAGAGAGCGCAGGGGAGGCAGCAGAGAGCGCAGGGGCGGCAACAGAUAGCACAGGGGCGGCAACAGAGGCGGCAGCAGGGAGUGCAGCGCCAGCAGCAGCGGAGAAGAGGCGCGCGAACGGGGGAGACGCGGAGGGUGGGGCGGAAGGUGAAGACUCUGGUGAGGGGGGGAGUGUGACAGGGGGAGGAGGAGGGCCCGCGCAGGCGAUGGAGAGUGCAGGCGGAAGCGAGCAGACGACACAAGGGGAGGUGGCGGAGGAGGCUGUGCGGAACAACGAUGGGGGCAGCAAGGAUGGGGGGGAAAAGGGUGCGAGAGAGGGAGGAGAGGGAAUGCAGGGAGGGGAGUGUGCAGCGGAGCCAGGCUCCGGUAAAGAGGAGGAGGGGUGCAAGGAGGGGGAGGCGGGUGGAGGCAAGGGGACCGGAGGGGUGGAUGGGCAAGAUGGGGGGGUGGGUGGUGUUGAGGGCGAGGUGGCAUGGCAGGCAGUGAGGGGGCGGUUAGAGUCCCGCGUGGGUGCAGCGGGCGACAUCGCCUCGCCCCGCCUGCUCGCGCCUCCGCUGCCCGCUGCUGCUUCUGCACCAGCCGCCCCCACAGCAGAGGGGGCAGCGCCCGCUGCUGCAGCGCCAGGCGCUUCCGCAGCGGUGGGCAGGGCAGAGCAAGCCGCAUGGGGGGCUGAGGGGGAAGAGCAAGUGCCAGAGCAGCAUGAGGAGGGGGAGGGCGCGGAGGGGGAGGCGGAGGGCGCGGGGGGGGAGGGGCGGGGGAGGCGGGUGAGGCGGGUGCGGUCGAUGGACGCGGCCUUCUCCCCGCUGCUGGCUGCCGACCCCUCCGCCUGGCAGGCCGCUGGUCGCCCCGCGUGGCACGGCGUCAUGGGGUGGGGCGCACGCGUGGUGCGCAGCCUUGCCAAGGGCGGGCUGGGGGGGAAGCGCGCGGGCAAGGGCGGGAAGGGCAAGGGCGGGGCGGAGACGGAGGGUGAGGAGGAGGCGCGGGCAGAGGAGGCGGCGGCGUGGGACGCGUAUGUGUUGGCAGGGGACGCGAGUGCCGGAGGCGAUGGCGUGGUGGUGCUGCCACUGGGGCCAGCAGGGGUGCCCCGCACACACACCGCCGGGGAGGUGUGGGCAGCGCCGCCUGGCGUGGGCGCUGCUGUGGCGGGGCUGGGUGGGGUGCAGCGGGGCGGGGCGGGCGUGGGGUGGGCGCAAGCGGCGUUCCCCCGCAGCCACUCGGACAGCGUUCGGGAGAGCCGCGCCGGUCGCCGCGCCGCCUCCCUGCUCGCCCCUGCUGGCGGUGGUGGUGAUGUGUGGGCGGGCGCAGCAGCGGCGGAGAGGGUGGUGGUGCUGUGGACAAGUGGCGAGGAGAGGGUGGAUAGAGAGGCGCAGCAGAGUGGCGCAGGCAGAGCAGCGGGGAAGAGUGCGGACGCAGAGGGGGCGCGGGAAGGGGGGGCCACGGAUGGGGAGGCAGGGCAUGGAGGGAGGGCGGAGGAAGGGGGGGAGGAGGCGAGCAGCAAAGGGGGGGCGAGUGGCGUGGCGGAGCAGAGUGCAGCAGAGGCGAGCAAGGCGCGCGCAGACGCAGUGCUGGCAGCAGCGGUGAUGGCGGCGAAUGCGAGCACCAAACCACAGUGGGCCUCGCAGCACCAGUGGCACACGCAGCCACACGACCCACAAGGGCAGGGGGGAGGAGGGGGGACAGAGGCAGAGGCAAUGGAGGAGGAGAGGAGGCGAGCAGAGGAGGCGGAGAAGAAGCGAGCGUGGGACGAGGCGGUGAGGGCGGUGCGGCUGAGGGACCAGCAGCGCCGCCAGCAGGCCGCUGCCGCCCUCGCUGCUGAGGAGGCUGCACGGGGCGGCAGAGCGGGCGGCAAGGGAGGGCAGGCAGCACGGCGCCUGGCGAGGCGGCGACGCCGCGUGGUGGCUCGGCUGGUGGCGGAGGUGGGAGAGAGAGGGGAAAGGGCUGGGAGGCUUAUUUUGGGGGAAAGGGGAUGCUUGAGUCGGGCAGUGGGAGGCGAGAGGCAAGGAAAUUGGGCAAGAGAGAAAGCACAGACGGGCGAGCUGAGGGAGGCGGUGGAGGGCAGGAGGGCGAGGAGGAGCGCGGUGGAGUACCACCUUCUGCACGCCGGCAUCUUCCUCGACCCACCCGCCAACCCCUCCCCUGAGGAGGAGGAGGAGGCGCGGAGGGAGGCGGCGGAGGUGGAGUGGCUGAGGGGGGAGGUGAGGGUGGCGCGGCGGUGGAUGGACGUGCAGCGCCUCGUAUGGAUCAACCGCGACCGUCAGCACCGCGCCCUGCUGCGCCGCGGAGGGCACGAGGAGCAGCGCGCACAGCUGCAGCACAUGAUACAGCAGCUGGAGAGCCAGCUGUCUCAGUUGGAGCGGCACGAGGGGCUGCUGAGAGAAGGAAACUCGCAGGUGGGCGGGCAGCUGGCAGCAUUGGCACAGGGCACGGCGCUGCCAGCAGCAGCAGCGGCCAUGCUGUCCUUGGCGUCCUUCUCCUCCCUGCCACCGGACCCCGCCUCCUCCUUCCCCCACGACCUCUCGCUCUCCGACAUGCCUGACGAUGCCUCACUCACCUCCGAGCCGCACUCCUCCGCGCUGCCCCCCUGGCUCGCCUCCCCCUCCACCGCCUCCGCCAGCCCAGCGCCCUCCAUGGGCCGCCCCCCCUCCGCCUCGCGCCGCUCCCUGCCCGCCUCGCACUUCGCGCAGCCAGCCCCCCACGUGCCGUCGCCCUCCCCCCGCCACAGUGCGCACAGCCUCAGCGGCCCGCUGCCCUCCCCGCGCUCGCGCUGGCGCUCGCGCUCGCGCAACGCGUCGGGGCGGCGCCAGGCACUGGAGCCACUGGCAGUGGGGGUGGGGGGAGGAGGAGGGGGCGAGGGCGAGGAGGGGAUGUCGGACGAGGUGUCCCCCCAGCCCAUGUGCGCGCCCUUCACCCCCACCUCCUCCCGCCGCACCAUCGACCAGAGCCGGGGCGCCCUGGAUGGCCGCAUGACCGGGGUGGCGGAGAGGGAGGCGGGAGAGGAGGAGGAGGACAUGCAGGGCGGUGGGGACACGGGCGCACUCACGCCCUCGUCGUCACGCUUCUGGGGCUCCGCCCCUGACAGACGGCAGACCGACCGCGAGCGCGAGCAGGAGAGGGAGCGGGAGAGGGAGUGGGAGCGGGAGAAGGAGAGGGAGAGGGAGAAGGAAAGGGAGAAGGAGAGGGAGCGGGAGAGGGAGAGGGAGAGGGAGAGGGAGAGGGAGCGGGGAGGGGGAGGCGGGGCGAUGGAUCUGGCAGCGCGCUUCACUCGCGCGCUCUCACUGGCACGCACCGAUGCAGACAAAGGGGGGGGUGCGGGGGUGAAGGGGGAGAAGGAGAAGGCGUCAGGGCGGUGGUGGGGGGGCCUCAACACGCCGAGCUCACGGGCGGUGGGGCCGGCAGAGGCGUACCGAGUGGAGCCGGGGGAGGGCUCCACCAUCCUGCACAUCUUCCACCAGGUCACACCCCAUCCUGCACAUCUUCCACCAGGUCACACCCCAUCCUGCACAUCUUCCACCAGGUCACACCCCAUCCUGCACAUCUUCCACCAGGUCACACCCCAUCCUGCACAUCUUCCACCAGGUCACACCCCAUCCUGCACAUCUUCCACCAGGUCACACCCCAUCCUGCACAUCUUCCACCAGGUCACACCCCAUCCUGCACAUCUUCCACCAGGUCACACCCCAUCCUGCACAUCUUCCACCAGGUCACACCCCAUCCUGCACAUCUUCCACCAGGUCACACCCCAUCCUGCACAUCUUCCACCAGGUCACACCCCAUCCUGCACAUCUUCCACCAGGUCACACCCCAUCCUGCACAUCUUCCACCAGGUCACACCCCAUCCUGCACAUCUUCCACCAGGUCACACCCCAUCCUGCACAUCUUCCACCAGGUCACUGCCCCCCCGCCCAUCUUCCACCAGGUCACUGCCCCCCCGCCCAUCUUCCACCAGGUCACUGUCCCCCCGCCCAUCUUCCACCAGGUCACUGCCAACCCGCCUCCCAGCCUCAUUACUGCCUUGCUUUGCCUCUCUCUGCCAUGCCUCCUCCCUUCCUCUCACCGCCAUUUACUGCCCUCCCUUUGCCAUCCCACCGACCUCUCACCGCCCUCCCCCCGCUGCCCUGCGCCAGGCAUCACGGCGCAUGCGCAGCAUGGAGGCGGGCGACUUUGAGAUCGCCGAGUGCGAGCUCUUCACGGCGCGCGACGACGUGGACGACCUCAGGGCGCACCCCAACCUGCUCUCUGAGCACAUGCUCAUCUGCCUCCUCCAGAUCUACCGCCGCCAUGCCUUUGGCGCCGUCACAUCGCCCGACCGCUUUGCCACCACGCCUCGCUCCGCCACCUUCGGCCCCUCCACCCAGCCCCUUUCCUUCCCCGACCCGCCCCUGCCCCGCCCCCCCCACCACCCCCCCUCGCGCCGCCGCACCUUCUUCCGCAGCCGCAGCGCCGCCAACCCCUCCUCCCAUGCCUCGCACUCCCCGCGCUCCUCCCCCCGCCGCCACAAGCGCGCAGCAAAGGGGGGCGGGGAGGGGUACGGCAGCGACGAGGACGCGGCAGGGCGGCCGUACCCGCAGGCGUAUGGCGGCGUGGCGGUGGGCGGCGAGCCGUGGGAGGACGGCGUGAGCAGCACGGACGGGGAGAGCCCGUCGGGGCUGAGAGGCGCGCGGCAUGGGUGGGACGACGGGGAGGGGCGGGGGGGGCAGUGGCAGGCGAGGCGGGGGAGGCGGAGGGGUGGGGGAGGGAGCAUGGAGGAGGCGACGUUGACGGAGGUGUCAGAGUGGGAGGAGGUGGGCGACGACGACACGGACGUGGACCUGCGCCACCUCCGCGCCUCCGAGCUCGACCUCCUUGGCCCGCCCUCCGCCUCGCCGCUGCGCCCGCGCCUGCGCCCGCGCACGCCCACCACGCUCUGGCUGCGCCACCGCCACCGCCACCACCGCUCGUCCGGGGGGGGCAGUGGGUGGGGCGCUGGCGCACAGCAGCAGGGGAGAGGCGGCGAUGUGGCAUCGCCGUACAGCAGUGGGAGGAGGGGGGCCGGUGGACACGGGGAGUUUCCGAACCCCAGCACGCCCAGCAGUGCCAGCGCUGCAGCAGGCGCUCUGCGGCUGGGGAGAACAACGUCCACCCGCGUGGUCACUGCUGUCGCCCGCGUGCUGCCCCCCCCUGCUCCCUCCGCCCCCGCUGCCACUCCCCCUGCUGCUGGCGCUCCGGGGGCUGGGGCAGGGGCGAAGGGGGGUAAGGAGAAGGAGAAGGAGAGAGGAGGGAAGGGGAAGCACGGGGGCCAGGACACAGCUGGCAGCGCCGCAGCAGCAGCAGCAGGAGCAGCAGCAGCAGCAGCCGCAGCAGCUGCUGCAGAGAAGGGCGAGUUGGGAGCAGACGACUUUGAGAAGUUUUUCGGAACGAGUGGAGAGGUGCCAGCGCCGACGGAGUGGAGUGCGCUGAGCAGCGCGCAGCUGGACCCGUAUGGGGUGUUUGGCGAGCACCCGUGCCCGGACGCGGGCAACUACAUUCAGAUGCUGGCCGUGCAGCACCCGCCCUCCGAGGCCACCAUGACCCAUGCUGACGCCACUCGCCUCCUGCACUUCCGAGCCAUGGCAGCGCAGCUGGAGGAGGUGGACCCAUCAGUGCUGGCGCACAACGAGCGCCUGGCGUUCUGGAUCAACAUCUACAACGCCAUGCUGCUCUACAUCUACAUCGUCAUCCCCGUGCCCACUGACUUUGCUGACCGCAUCGCUCUCUUCAGCAAGGUGGGAUUCCUGAUAGGCGGCCAGCUGUACAGUGUGCUGCUCAUCGAGCACGCCGUGCUCAGAGCCGGCACCCACAAGCCCUACAUUAUCCGCGCCCUGCCCAGCACCACGUUCCGCCCCGGCGAUGCGCGCGCGCUCUGUGUGCUGGAGCGCGCCGAGCCCCUCGUGUCCUUCGCCCUCUGCUCCGGCACUCGCUCCUCGCCCUCCAUGCGAGUGUACCGGGCGGAGAGUGUGCAGCAGCAGCUGCGCGGCGCCAUGGUGGAGUACCUGGGGGCGGCAGUGAGCGUCAACGAGGCCAAUAAGAUCAUCAUCCCCAAGCUGCUGCACUGGUACCUACCGGACUUUGCACCGGACGUGUGGAGUCUGCUGGAGUGGCUGGCGAACGUGCUGCCCACCAACCAGGCCGUCGUGCUCAUGAACUGCCUGCCCACCGGCGCUGCCAACGUCUCCGCCUCCAAGUGUGUCGUCGUGGCGCCCUUUGACUACCGCUUCCGCUACCUCAUCCCCCCCGUCCUGCCCAACUAG